GUGGGGCUGCUGCGAUUCGACGCCUCAGGCAAGAACAAAAUUCUCCCACGUGAUAGCGAUACGUCACUGUCAAUUACCUCCCACGAGUUAAAGGUGCUCUCUCCUUCUGGUCUUCUCCUCCUGCUCUUCCUCCUCCACCUCCUUUAACGUCUGACCUCCGCCUCUCUCUCUCUCUCUCUCUGGACAUUCUUUUAAAUUUGUGUUGCUUCUCCCUUCUUCCACCUCUCGUCUGUUAUGCGAAGUGGAAACUCAAGAUGGGUCCUUCUGGGGAACUGGGUUUCUUCUCAAUCUCUAUCUCUAUUUUCCUACUUCUUCUAAAUUCCAUCAGAACCGCCGGAGGAAGCACUCCCACCGAUCUUUCGUACUCAAUUUUCGAAACCGCAGGUUACAUCAGUUCCAAGGAUUUGUUACUCAAGAACAGAAGUUCGUCUCGGUCUUCUGUCUUGUCGCCUCCUUCGUCGCCACCCGGUUGUCAAGUUUGGAGCAAGAGGUGUUCGGAGGAGGUGCUGGAGCUGGCGAACCGGCCGGAGACGGUUGACUGGCUUAAGGGGUUGAGGAGGAGAAUCCAUGAACACCCAGAGCUGGCUUUUCAGGAGUUCGAGACGAGUCGGUUGAUUCGGGACGAGUUGGACAAGCUGCAAAUCAGUUAUCGCUUUCCCUUGGCCGAGACCGGCAUCCGAGCUUCCAUUGGAACCGGUGGCCCCCCCUUCGUUGCGCUCAGGGCCGACAUGGAUGCUCUGCCAAUUCAGGAAGCUGUGGAGUGGGAGCACAAAAGCAAAAUCCCAGGAAAAAUGCAUGCUUGUGGCCACGAUGCCCACACAGCCAUGCUUCUUGGUGCUGCCAAGAUAUUGAAGAGCCGGGAGCCUAAUCUCAAGGGAACUGUGAUUCUUAUAUUUCAACCAGCAGAAGAAGCUGGUAAUGGUGCCAAGCGAAUGAUGCAAGAUGGGGCUCUGGAGGAUGUGGAGGCCAUAUUUGCUGUUCAUGUAUCGCAUGAGCGUCCUAGUGGGACUAUUGGUUCAAGGCCUGGUCCCUUGCUUGCUGGAUGUGGCUUCUUUAGAGCCAUAAUAAGUGGAAAAAAGGGCAGUGCAGGGAGCCCGCACCACUCUGUUGAUCCCAUUUUGGCUGCCUCAGCUGCUGUAAUCAGCUUACAGAACCUUGUGUCUCGUGAAGCAGAUCCUCUGGACUCGCAGGUUGUGUCAGUGGCUUCAUUUAAUGGAGGAAAUAAUCUAGACCUUAUUCCUGAAUCUGUUAUCCUAUCUGGUACAUUAAGGGCUUUCUCUAAUGCAAGUUUCUACAGGCUCCUGCAAAGAAUUGAGGAGGUUAUUGUAGAGCAAGCUAGUGUUUACAGAUGUUUAGCCACUGUUGACUUCUUUGAGAAGAAGACACAGAUAUACCCUCCCACAGUAAAUGAUGAGCAUAUGUAUGAGCAUGUGAGGAAGGUGGCCAUUGACUUGGUGGGUGCUAAGAAUUUCAUUGUGGUGCCACCAAUGAUGGGUGCAGAGGACUUCUCCUUUUACUCAGAGAUGGUCCCAGCGGCAUUCUUCUAUAUAGGUGUGAUGAAUGAGACAUUGGGUUCAACACAUUCUGGCCAUUCUCCCUACUUCAUGAUUGAUGAAGAUGUUCUGCCUAUAGGUGCUGCAACUCAUGCUGCAAUUGCUGAAAGAUACCUCAUUGAGCAUGGGUGAGAUUACCUCUGUCAUGAGAGGUGUCGGGUAUUACUUUUUGUUGGAUAGACUUAAGGGGAUCCAAGGGCUACAAUGUUCUAAAAUGUAUUCUACAAUAUAGUUCUCAAGCUUGUCCUCUGUAAUUUGUAGUGGGAUGUAUGGGAGGAAAUAUUUCCCCUGUAAUGGUUCCGAGGAUGAGUGGAGGGUCUCCUGCUAAUUAAAGUAAUCUUCUCUGUUGUAUAUUGAAGAUAGUAUGGAAUUCUGCAACCAGCUUGCUCUGUUGCUGUUUGCAGCGUCAAGGGUUCCUGAUUGAGCUUAUGCUUCUGUACUCUGAGCCAUUCUUGGAAUUAUGGAUUCUAUGGUGAGCCAUUCUAAUUCUUACAUCAAGUUGGUCUUUCUGUAUGCCUGGGGAAACAGAUCUUGAACAACAUUACCGUAAGUGGAGGCAAACCAGUUGGACAUGCUCCAGAAUAUCAAGAAGCAAUGUCUUGGCAUGUAAAAAAAUUGUAACAAAUUUCAAUGCACGAAUUUACUUAGUAAGAUUUAUUCAAUUUUCUUUUU